AUGGGCCCGUCUGGCGCCGGCAAGUCGACUUUUCUGGACGCCAUCUGCCAGCGCACGCCUCGCGCCAAGGGUCUCGUCACCGUCAACGGCUCGACCGACUACUCGACCCGCGACCUCUUUUCGUUUGUUGAGCAAGACGACGCUUUGCUCGGCGUGUUGACGGUUCGCGAGACAGUCGCCUUUGCUGCCUACCUUGCACUCGGCCCUUCGUACCCCAACAUCGACCAGCACAUCGACGCCACCCUCACCUCGCUCGGACUGUCGGCCAUCGCCGGGAACAGGAUCGGCACGCCUCUCCAGCGCGGCAUCUCGGGCGGCCAGAAGCGUCGCGUCACCAUCGCCUGCUCGGUCGUGGCCAAGCCUCGCAUCCUCGUCCUUGACGAGCCGACCAGCGGUCUCGACAGCACUUCGGGCCGCGAGGUUGUCGCUUUCUUGCAGCGUCUCGCACGCGAGCAGGGCGUUCUCAUCAUUUGCACGAUUCAUCAGCCCAACUUUGAGACGUUCGCCCUCUUCGACCGUCUUCUCCUGCUUGCUGGCGGACAGACCAUGUACGACGGCAGGGUCGACGACCUCGACAACUACCUCGCUUCGGUCGGCUCGCCCACGCCGGCUCACGUCAACCCCGCUGACCACGCGAUCGAGCUCGUCAACACCGAGUUCCGUUCGGGCGACAAGGGCGACGACAACUACCCUCCGACCGGCGACUUUGCCAGUCCCGCCGAGCAUCUCCAGUCUCGCGCUGACCUCUGGACCAAUUACAAGGCCAAGAACCUCGCAGGAAGCAAGUCGACGUCGGUCGAGGAACUCGACGCACACGCGCUCGGCCGCAAACGCUCGACCGCAAGCCAGUCGUUCGUUACCAACAUGCGCAAGACGAUCACGCUCAGCCACCGGGCGGCGUUGAACUACUCUCGCAACGUUUUGGCGUAUGGGAUACGCCUAGGCAUGUACUGCGGCAUGGGUCUGCUCCUGGCGACGGUUUGGAUCCGCCUCGGCUGGACGACGGACAAGCUCAACGAUCGCCUGAGUGUCUCGUUCUUCUCCGUCGCUUUCCUCGGAUUCAUGUCGGUCGCUGGUAUUCCGUCCUUCCUCGAGGAACGCGCCGUCUUCAUCCGCGAACGCGCGAACGGACUCUACUCCCCCGCCCAGUACCUCCUCGCCACCACCCUCGUCUCGCUCCCUUUCCUGUUCGUUUGCGCCGCUGCGUUCACCCUCAUCAUCUACUGGGCCAUCGGCAUGAACCCCGGCGCGACCCACUUCUUCCGCUUCCUCCUCUACCUCUACCUCGGCCUCGUCGCCGCCGAAUCGCAGUCGCUCCUCGUCGCCGCUGCUAUCCCCAUCUUCGUCGCCGCGCUCGCUAUCGCCGCGUUCGCCAACGGACUGUGGAUGUGCGUCCAGGGGUACUUCAUCCGAGCGACGUCGCUUCCAAAGUUCUGGUACUACUGGGCGCACUUUAUCGACUACGAGACUUUUGCCUUUGAGCUGCUCGUCCGCAACGACUUCGUUGGCAGGAUCCUGACUUGCCCCAAGGGACCGGACGGUUCGUGUCUCUGCCCGAUUCCGAGCUCCCUCACGCCCGGACAGUGCGCGGUCAGCGGCGAGGACGUGAUCCAGAACCUGGGUUACGGCGGCGUCAGCGACGGCCUCUACGUCGGCAUCCUCAUCAUCAUCAUCUUCGUCUACAGGCUUCUCAUGUGGGGAGUCCUCGUCUGGCGCAAGCGGUAG